CUCUGAAUGGCUGAAAUCAGAAACCGUGCUGUUUUACAAUUAGGUCUGCAUAUUUCCGUGUCCUAAUUCAAUGUCCUGAUGAGGAUUUGGAACACUGUAGUAUUCAGCAAAAGCUGGUUCCAACCAGAGCAUUAGUUGUUUUGCUCUCUUUAAUUAAAAGCAAAUCCAUGGUUAUAAUUGAAUUAUGUGAUACAUAAUCAAUAGUCCCAGUUGAAGAGUUCAUAGAAAAUCCAGAGCAAAAUGGACACAACAGCAGUUCUCCUUUCUCCGAGCAACUACAAAUCAUGUCAGCCACACGAUUACAGUACAACAAUCACCGGUGAGAAGCUGUACACCUUUGCACUGCGUUGCACAUUAUAGGUAACCGUGACCUGACUCUGGCAAAGCUUGCUGCUUGAAACAUAUGACCAUGUAACUUCACCACUUUGGAGUCUGUUCGGACUUUCCUAUCUGACACACAGACUAAAAAGGUGAGCAGUGAAUGCAUCCUUGAGUCAAAACUGGGCACAUUGAAGUAACAAUCACAAGAGAUUCUGCAGAUACUAGAAAUCUUGAGCAACACAUGCGAAACGCUGCAGAAGCUCUGAAAGUCAGGAAUUAUCUAUGGAGUAAGCUCUGAAAGUCAGGAAGUAUCUAUGGAGUAAGAAGUAUCUAUGGAAUAAGCAGUUGACAAUUCGGCCAAGGUCCUUCAUCAGAACUGAAACUGAAAGGUGAAGGAACCAGAAUUAGAUGGUGGGAAGGGGGGUGGAGUAUGAGUAGGUAAAAUCAGAUAAGGGGAAAGAUGGGUGGGUGAGAUGGGGUUUGAAAUGAAAAGCUGGGAGGUGAGAGGUGGAAGAGGCUGAAGAAAAAGGAAUCUGAUAGGACAUGACAGUGGACCAUGGGAGAAUAGAAAGGAGAAGGUGCACAAGAGGGAGGCAAAGAGCAGGUAAGAAGAAGUGAAGAGGUAGGAGGAGAACCAGAAUGGGAAAUGGAAUAAGAGAGAUGGGGAGAAAUCAAUAUUCUAGCUAUUAGGCUGGAGGCUACCCGAUGGAGUAUGAAGUGUUGCUCCUCCAGCAUAAGAGUGUCCUCACUGAGGCCGUGGAAUAACAUGCCAGAAUGGAAAUGGAAAGUGAAACUGAAAUGGCUGGCUAUUGGGAAAUCCCACUUUUUGUGGUAGAUGAUGCAACAGGGCUCAACGAAAUGGUUCCCCAUUCUACGUUAGGUCUCACCAUUGCAGAGACCACACAUUAAAAUAAUUUUUUUCCUCAUGUGGAAAUUUCUGGUAGAAACAAGAUUAGAGUAUGGAUUUAACAACAGCCAAGAAGGCAGAGGAGGAAAUGAAAUUUUUUGGCACUUAAGUGUUUGUAGUGAAAUAAUUUGUUUAUAAUUAAAUAGGAAUACAGGUUGUGAAUGGAAAGGGCCAGUGUGACAAGGCCUAAGGAUAAUUCAAAUAUUCUUGGUUAUAAAGUUUUUUGAUAAGACAAACAUUAGAGAGUGGGGAAAGGAGUAGGGUGAUGGUAACAAAAGUGAAGAGGAGUAGCAGUAUUGGUUAAGAGAACAGCAAUGUGCAGUGAUUACAUAUCUGGAAGGUUAAGAUGAGUACUAAACAGUUUUCGUGAACAGACUGGCUAAAUGGCAUAUUGGAAGUGGUGACUAUAAUUCAAUUAUACUAAACGGUGUUUUGGAAGAGCCAAGACCAACAUUACUGGGAAAUGAUUCUGCGUUAGUAGAAUGGAAACAGUUGAAGGACCGUCAGAGAAAUAUCAAGAGCUCAAUUCUGCAGAAAUUCCAAAGGAAUUUAAAGUCACUGAAUUGAAAUUAAAGAAGUCAGUUGGAAGGCAAAGGGAAUGAAAAAGUGUUGGUAAAUAAAAUCAAAGGGAACAGAAAUAUGUGGAUGGCGGCGGAAGACACGCAAAGUUCUGAAUGAAUACAGUAUACGGUGUGUGAUGAAAUUAGUUUGACAUAAACGUGGAAGUGUAUGAAUUUUUAGUAAUGACAAACACAGAGAGUGAGGGUACUAAGUCAGAAGUGGAUUAGUCACCAGACCAGACAAAAAUAUUCUAGGCUUUUAAAAGAAGCAAGGUUGGAAAUUGUGCGAUUAUCUUUGGCUGUAGACAUAGUGCUAGAAGACUAUAAGGCUACUGAUUGCACAGUGUUGGAGGACAAUUUUGGAGGACCAUAUGGUUAUUGAUGGCACAGUGUUGGAGGACCAUAAGGUUAUUGUUUAAAAGGAGGAAAGAAUAGCCUUUUCAAUUAUAGGCCAGUGAGUCUGACAGGAAUGUUGUUGGAAGAAUUCCUGUGGGACGUCAUAAAUAAAUAUUUAAAUAGGUGCAGAUUAAUCAAGGAUAAUCAACUAGAUUUAUUAAGGGUAAAUCACGUCAGACUAACAAUUUAAUUGUUUUUAAGAGGUGACUAGGAGUUUGAGUGGGAGUAAAGCAUUUGAUGUGGUAAAAAUGGAAGCUAACAAGAUAUUUGACAGUCAUACAGAGAAAAUUGUCUAAGAAUAUUAAAAAAAUUGAACUGUUGAAUAAAAAAGUGGCUUAGUGGGAUUCCACCAGCAUCAGUAUAAAGCUCCAUUUUUUUCCUGGUAUAAAUAAUAGACUUAAAUAUUUGGGCCUUUAUUAAGGAUUUUGCCAAUGGCAACUAAAUUGGGUCUGUUCAAGGGUACAGGAAGAUAGCAAUGAACAAAAGAAAGGCACAUUAAAUUUGGUCUUCAGAAGUGUAUGAUCAUGGAUUAUUGGAAGACAAACAAUUCAAGGAAUAAAUGGACACUAUGUGUGGAGGUAUGACAGGACGCAGGGGAACUUGGUCAGAAGGAGCAUCAAGGUAGUAAAUGGGAAAAUCUGGAGUUUGAUGCCUGCAGUUUGGGGUCUCAUCAUCGGUGAGCCCAGAGUUCAUCAUCUGGUGUUUGAGGACAUGUCCUGCAGUUGAUUCUGAACAUUGACUCCUGAAGGUUGAGACCCCAAUUGCCGAAAUCUUGAGUCUGCGAAUUCAGUGGGGAAGGUGGGGGCUGUAGUCUAUGAGUCUGUGAGUGCACUGGAAGCUGGAGGCCUAGAGGCCUAUCCUGGAUUUGGAGGACUGUCUAUGUAGGUGGGAGAGAUGGAGCAAUGGGGGCUUGCUUUGCUGUUGCUGCUUUGUUACUUUGGCUGAAGAUUGUGGGCAUGCGAUGUUGGCACCAAAAUGUGUAGCAAUACUAGUGGGCUGCCCCCAGUACAUCCUUAGGUUGUUAACAUAAACAACACAUUUAUUGUAUGUUUUGAUAUACAUGUCAUAACUAAUUGAAUCAGAAAUAUAAAAUAAAUGGAGUGUAGAUCUACAAGUCCCUGGAUGAAAUGAGUGGUAGUUAAGGUGGUUAAAUUCAACAUGGAUCAUUGCUUUAAUUGUCCAAAGGCACAGAAAACCCGAGCAGGGAGACUCUGUUGGGUGGCCCAGCAGUAUAACUAGUAGAGUUCCCGUGCUACAGCUUGAGCCACUGUAGUUCAAUCCUAGUGUAAGGUGCUGUCCACAUAGAGUCUACAGUCUUCCGCUGACUGUGUGAUUGAUUCCUCCUGGGUACAGCAAUUCCCUCCCACAUCCCAAACACAUUUGCAUUAGCAUGUUAAAUGGCCACCAUCAGCUGUCCCUUGUGUGUAAUGAGUGAUUGAAUCUGUGAUAAAACACAAAACUCUGGGGGAACUCAGCAGGCCAGACAGCAUUUAUUGAGAGGGAGACCCUUCAUCAGGACAGGAGGAAGAAGCCAAAAUAAGAUGGGGAGAGGGAAGGGGUCCAAGCUGUCAGGUGAUAGGUGAAGUGUGGAUGGUGGAGCCGAAUGGAGUGAGAAUCUGGGAGCUGAUAGUUACAAAAACCUAGAAGGCUGAAGAAAAAGGGAUCUGAUAGGAGAGGAGAUUCAUCUGGCUUGACCAAUCGUCAGCCAGUUUGUACUCAUUGCCCAACCCCAUCUCCUUAUUCCGGCUUUCCCCCUUCCUUUCUAAAUCCAUUGAAAGAUUCUGGGCACAAACUGUCGACUGUUAUUCCUCUCCUAAGAACAGGGGUUCCUAGCCUUUUUUAUGCCAUGGACCAAUAACAUUAAGCACGUGGUCCAGGUUGGGAACCCCCGCCAUAAAGGAAUAAACCUGCUGACUUCCUCCAGCAUUUUGUGUGUGUUUGUCUGUAUUUCCAGCAUCUGCAGAAACGCUUGUGGUUGUGGUUGAAACCUGUCAAGUAUUGAAAAGCAUAGACAGAGUGGGUGUGAAGUGAAAGUUUCCAAUAGUGGAAGAGUCUAAGACAGAGAUGGGGAGGAAUUACUUUAGCCAGAGGGCAGUGAAUCUGUGGAAUUCAUUACCAUAGACACCUGUAGCAGUUAAGUCAUUGGGUACAUAUAAAGUGAGAGUCUGAUAGGUUCCUCAUUAGUGAGGAUGUCAAGGGUUACGGAGAGAAGGCAGGAAACUGGGGUUGGGAGAGCCAUGACAAAAUAACAGAACAGAUUAAAUGGGCUGAAGGGCCUAAUUUUGCUCCUAUGUCUUAUGAUCUUUGAUCAUUUAUAAUUUUUCAGUCCUAUUCGAUCCAUUGAAAAGCAAUGAAAUGCCCUUCAGAAAAAUACCUUCACAUAAGAUUGUAGUUAGUGGCAGAGGUGGGUUAGAGAACCAUUUCUGCUUUUACCUCUGCUAGGCUUUUCAUUUAGGUUUACACACUCAGUCAAUAGAAAUGAAAACGAUGCAAAGUUUAAACCCCUUCACCCAGUCUCGCACCACCUAUUUUCCAUUCUGUGGUAAGAGCAGGGUUAAAGCUAAAUGUCUUAAGAUCAUGGAGAAUUAAUAUUGUAUUUAAUACUGGUUUCAUGCAAAAGUAUCUCAUAAUUUUGAUAACAGCACAUUUGUUCAUUAUAUUAUCUAAUAGAGAAAUUUUAUCAUGCAGAAAGUGGCAAUUGAACAAGUUUUUCAGUACAGUAAGAGGCAUUCAAGAAGUGGAUCUGUCCACAUACAUACUCAUUUAAAGUAUUAACAAAUCUGGUCUAAUUUUGGAGGACCUUCCAAUGCAGAGGAAAAUGAAUUCCAAGUCUUUAUGUCUGCCUGGUCUCCCACAACUAAUUUGUAAUGUUGAUGAGAAUUACUUUUGGCAGCUAAAGCAAAUCGAAAGGGGGAAAAGUUUCCUCACUGUAAAUAUGUGUAAAGCCAUGACUGUAGAAAAGACCCUGGGAGCAGGCUCUCACAACAAGGGAGCAGUGUUUCAAACUAGCAUGAGGUAAAAAGGGAAAAAGCUUUGCCAAGGCAACGCUCGCUGUUCAUUAACUGAAACACAUAGAUCUAUUGUUUGAGGAAAAUAGUAUCUUAUUUGAUAUUCAAAUUUCUAAACUUAUGACUAAUGUAAAAAUAUGACCAUAGGGAAAAGAGUUCUACCUUAUUGUGAUUCAUUACUUAAUUUGCAGGUAUGAUCAUUUAGUUGUCUUAAUUAUUUAAGUUUAUUAACAUCAAUAUGUUUGAAUUUUUAGAGAAGCAGGUCGCGUUUGUCCUACUCAACUAGCAAUAUAAAUUGCAGUCAUGUCAGUCUACUCUCAAACAUCAGCAAGUGUUUACAAAGUAUUGUGGCUGUGCCAUCAAACUGUAUUCACCAACUAACAAUACCCAGUUUAGCUUUUGCCAGAACUGCUCAGCUACAGACCUCGUCACAAUCUUGGUCGAAAUGUUGACUGGAGAGCUGAAUUGCAGAAGUGAAUGAGAAUGACAGGACAUCAGUCAGUCUUUGACCAACUGUUGUAUUAGACAGUCCGGUAAGACUGCCGUCAGUGAGUGCCAAAGAGGAAACUCUUCGGUAGAUGGAGCUGUGUUCACACAAAAGAACAUGGUUGUGGUGUUGGAUGUCAACCAUUCCAUUUCUCAGUAACAUCCAAGGCACAGUGUCUCCAUUUGGUUCAUCAGUAACCUUCCUUCCACAAUAAUGAUAAGUUAAAAUGUAAUUUUAAAUUUUAAUAAAUAUGUUAAUUUAAAAUUAGCAAAUUUAAAAGUAUGCAGCAAGACCCAGACAACAUUGAAAUAAACACCUGGCAAUGAUUAUCUCAAAGAUAGAGUAGAACAGCAUGGUGGCAUAGUGAUUAGACAACACUUUGGAGCACCUCCUCGUACUUACCCCUGCCACAGGACCCCAUCAAAAAACAUCAACCCACUGUCUCCCGCACCAUCUCCACCCUCAGCAACUCCGGACACCUUCCUCCCUCAGCCAAAAAACUCCUAAUUUCCACACCCUGCGCAGCUUGGUUUUACCUCCUCCCCAAGAUCCACAAGCCUGACUGUCCCGGCAGACCCAUAGUUUCAGCCCACUCCUGCCCCACCGAACUUGUGUCUGCCUACUUGGACUCCAUUUUAUCCCCCAUAGUUCAGUCUCUCCCCACCUACAUCCAGGAUACAUCCCAUGCCCUUCACCGCUUCAAUAACUUCCAAUUCCCCAGCCCCGACUGCUUCAUUUUUACCAUGGAUGUUCAAUCCUUAUACACCUCCAUCCCCCAUCAAGAAGGCCUCAAAGCCCUCCGCUCCUUUUUGGAUAACAGACCCCACCAGUUCCCCAGCACCACCACACUCCUCUGGUUGGCGGAGCUUACUCUAACUCUCAAUAACUUCUCCUUUGGUUCUUCCCACUUUCUCCAGAUCAAGGGCGUAGCCAUGGACACUUGCAUGGGCCCCAGCUAUGCCUGCCUCUUUGUGGGUUAUGUGGAACAGUCUAUGCUCCAAAUCUAUACUGGCACCACUCCCCAACUUCUCCUCCGCUACGUUGACAACUACAUUGGUGCUGCUUCCUGCACCCAUGCUGAGCUCGUCAAUUUCAUCGACUUUGCCUCUAAUUUUCACCCAGCCCUUAAGUUCACUUGGUCCAUCUUGGACACUUCUCUCCCCUUUCUUGAUCUCUCAGUCUCCAUCUCUGGAGACAGACUAUCCACUGACAUCUUCUAUAAACCCACUGACUCCCAUAACUAUCUUGACUAUACCUCUUCCCACCCUGCCCAAUGCAAGAAUGUCAUUCCCUAUUCCCUGUUCCUCUGCCUCUACUGCAUCUGCUCCCAGGAUGAGGCUUUCCAUUCCAGGACUUUUCAAAUGUCCUCUUUCUUUCAGGAUCGUGAUUUCUCUUCUGGCAUCGUCAAAGAUGCCCUCACCCGCAUCUCCUCCACUUCCUGCACUUCCGCCCUCAACCCAUCCUCUCGUCACUACAGCAGGGACAGGGUUCCCCUUGUCCUCACCUACCACCCCACCAGCCUCCAGAUCCAACAUAUUAUCCUCCGUAACUUCCGCCACCUUCAACAGGACCCCACCACCAAGUACAUCUUUCCCUCACUACCCCUCUCAGCUUUUUGCAGGGAUCGUUCCCUCCGCGACUACCUGGUCCACACGUCCCUCCCCACAGAACUCCCACCUGGCAUUUAUCCUUGCAAGCGCAAAUGCUACACCUGUCUCCACACCUCCCCCCUUACCACCAUUCCGGGCCCCAGACAGUCCUUCCAGGUGAGGCAACACUUCACCUGCGAGUCUGCUGGAGUUGUCUAUUGUAUCUUGUGCUCCCGGUGCGGCCUCCUCUACAUCGGUGAGACCCGAUGCAGAUUGGGGGACCGCUUCGUCAAGCACCUACGCUCCGUCUGUCACAAUAGACAGGACCUCCCGGUUGCCACUCACUUCAACUCUGCCUCUCAUUCCCAUCUAGAUAUGUCCAUACAUGGCCUCCUCUACUGCCAUGAUGAGGCCAAACUCAGGAUGGAGGAGCAACACCUCAUCUACCGUCUGGGUAGCCUCCAGCCUGGUGGUAUGAACAUUGAAUUCUCCAAUUUCCGGCGAGACCUGGGCUCGAGAGCGAGUCUGUGUGGAGGCUGAACCCGCUCCCAAAGAGAUGUCGGGACAAUCAGCGGAACCGGAGACUCGGCUUCGAUCCUCCUAUUUAUUCGGUUCCCAGGACCGGAGGCGGAUUAGUGACCUAAGCGA